GUCAUUUAAAAUACAACUUUAUUUUGUAUAAAUUCCAGUUUGUCUGUUUUACUGGCGAUAAAUAAAAUACAGGUAACAGGAGAGGUUGUGUUUUUCUUUGUAAAAUGAAACGUGUUCACAUGUCCAGCCCCCUUUCCUCACGACGUCAGUCAUUUUCGUACAGUCCCUUAUUAUCAUGAUCAUGUACUCAAAGUAUUUCUAGUCGUCUUGUUCUCACUUCUAGUGAAAAACGUCAUCCGACCCCUCAUUAGGUCAUCAGGCUGAGUUUGAUUGGCAGAUUUAUUAUAUUUGAAGUCAAUCAAAGCAAGUAAAAAUUAGUAUGACAGUUCAGACAUGAGCCUGUAAGUACAUGACUUCAAAUGUGUUAAUAACCUGAUGAAGAGAGCGUCAGAGUGAGUCACUUUAUGAUGGAGAGAGAGAGAGAGAGAGAGAGAGAGAGAGAGAGAGAGAGCGUGUGUGUGUGUGUGUGUGUGUGUGUGUGUGUUCUCUCUCUCUCUCUGACUCACUCUGUCUGUUCUCGGAUCGGUCAGCAGCUCUCUGCUCCUCUCUGUGAGUAUGAACCUUUAUCAAAUAUUAUUAUAACGCAGAUGAAAUGUCUCGUGGCAUAAUGACACAGUCCGGUUCGGAUCAGCCUGCCUCGCCGCUGCUCGGUUCGUGUGCCCCGGAUGGUUUGUGUUGAAUCCACCGGCUCCAGCGGCGCUGCCUCCCCGCUGCCUCGCGCUGCUCUCUCGCGGUCUGAAGUUAACGGAUCUCCCGGGAACUUUCACGUGUUCACGUCGGGUUGAACAUCAGAGAGAGAGAGAGAGAGUGACAGAGAUGAAACUUCAGUGAGAGGCACUCCGUCUUCUCUUCUUCUUCUUCUUCUUCUCUUCGUCUCUUCUUCUUCUCUUCGUCCUGCCUUCAUCCUCCAGCCACCAACGUCAGUGGAACGUUUCAAUCCCCUCUGAUAUUCAGGUUAAUCUGAUUAUGAAGAUUUCCUCUGAGACUCCCCUUCGUCAAUGACGGCCAAGAUGGAGACUCCUUUCUACCACGACGACUCCCCUGCCGUCCCCGGCUUCAGUCAGAUCGCGGAAUACGAGCGCUACCAGGGAAACAAGAUGCUGAUGAGCAAGAAGGCCAUGUCAGUGGUGGGCAGUCAUCACUUUAGUGGUGGUGGUCAUGCAGGAGGGAGAGGUGGGAACCCCAACAACCUGGGGCUCACUGGCAACAGCUCCUUGGUAACAUCAGUGCCUUCAGCAGACAUGAACCUGCUGAAGCUGGGGUCCCCAGAUCUGGAGCAUCUGAUCAUCCAGUCCAACCAGGGACUGGUCACCACCAGCCCUGUGCCCAACUCCACCAACCCCUUCAUCUACCGCAACCAGGCCACCAACGAGCAAGAAGGAUUUGCUGAUGGCUUCGUCAAAGCGCUCGCUGACCUUCACAAGCAGAACCAGUUGGUGGGUGGUGGCCCCAUGUCCCCACCCUCAUCCUCAACUGUCUCCCUGCAGGCGUCCUACCAGAGGAACCUGAUGUCCACAGGGGACAUGCCCGUCUACACCAACCUCAGUAGCUACAAUCCAGGCCAGAUGGCGUACUCUGGAACGCAGAUGGCCUACAGUAGCCACAGCCAUGGUGGGAGCGGAGGCCCUCAGCACCACACUCGAGGCCUGGACACCCCUCAGACCGUCCCUGAGGUGCCUCACCCACCGGGCGACGCCACAUCCCCGCCCUCCCUCUCCCCGAUUGACCUGGAGACGCAGGAACGAAUCAAAGCAGAACGCAAGAAGCUGCGCAAUCGCAUUGCUGCUUCCAAGUGUCGCAAACGGAAGCUGGAGCGGAUCUCGCGGCUGGAGGAGAAGGUGAAGGUCCUGAAGAGCCAGAACUCUGACCUGGCUUCCACUGCCGCCAUGCUGCGGGAGCAAGUUGCUCAGCUCAAACAGAAGGUCAUGAGUCACGUCACCAACGGCUGCCAGAUCGCUGUUGGAUCAGCCUCUGCCUCAAAGUCCGGAGGAGGUGCCGGCAGUGAAGACUCCAACUGCUGAGGAGGCGGGACACCAGGAGAAGGUGGGAAAUAAGCCGAGGGUUCACUUUUACCAUUUGGGCAUUUUGCUCGCAUUCUUGGUCAGAGUGGGCAGGGAGCAACAACGCCUCAACAGGACAGAUCGAUGUUUAAUGGGAUUUAUGUAGCCCCGCGAACCACUGUCAGUCAUCCAGUCAGCAGAGGAGACAGAAGGAGGGAUGAACUCCGGACAUGAGCAAAGUUCAAAUUUGGAAUUUUAACAGUUCAUUUUUUAAGAUGAGAUGAUGACAGAUUGAAUUUGGAGAGACUGUAAAGACAGUUUAACGGUUAAACACUGUCAGAGGUGUGUGUGUGUGUGUGUGUGUGUGUGUGUGUGUGUGAACAGACACAACACAUUCAUUCGACAGGUGAAAUAUAUUUAUGGACAGAUUUCAAAGGUUCCAGGUUUUGUACAUUCUUAUUUUUUCAUUUAUAGUAAAAAAAAAAACAUGGUAUGAACAUUUUUACAAUUUGAAACAAAAGAAGGUAAAUACUGAAAUCACUGAUGUGAGUUAUAGAGAAAAUGGCACCAGGUAAUCAGAUUACUUACAGAGCGAGGUUUACAUUUGAAUCAGUUUUUAAAAAGAUAAUUUUACUCGUCUUUUUUCUAAUCCAGUGAACGCAUCACUCAAACUGGCUGAUGCUGCAGUUUUAUUUGUAAUCUGAUUACUCUUUUUCACUUGACUUUAUUUGGUACAAAACAUUGUCACUUUCACAGCUCUGCUUUUACAGUUCCUAUUCAUAGUUACUGUAAUAGUUAUGUAAUCUGAUUACUGCAGUCUCUCUACAUGUGUGUAACUGCAGCUCGGGACAUUUUUUGAACUGCUGGAAGUGAAAAAGCUCUAAUGCCACGUUUUGAUCAGGAAAUAGUUUGAUGUUUUGUUUUCUGGCUGUCGACGGGUGGAAACUUUUCUCACUUUGGAGCUUUCAGGACUGAAGGAAAUGUUCAAUUUAAGAUUUGCCAGCGACGACAUCUGCAUGCGGUUUGAGUUUGGAAAGUAACGUGUGCAGAGCUGACUCAUCCUUACUUUAAUCCAAAUUAAUGAGAGUUUUAAUCUCUCCGUUUAAAAAUCAGGUUUCUACUUUUCAGCUCGUGGAAUAAAAUCCUGAUGUGAGGAGGGGAUUUUAAAAAAUACUUAACUUUGACAUCAAGAAGCAGAAAUAUUAUUGAAAAUAAAAAAGUGUUUCACUUCUCAUUAUUCUCAGCUCAUAACAACGUUGUACAGCUAAAAUAUUACUAUCAAACAAUAUUUAUUAUUGUGAUAAUGUUAAUAACAUACCUGUUACUCUUUUACCUUUUCUACACAGUGAAAGGUUCAGUUCAUGUUAAAUUGUUUUGUUUUACAGGUUUACAGUAUAUGGAAGCACGUUUCUGCCAGGGAAAAGAAAAAAAUCAUGAAAAGCUUGAAAUAAUGAAAAUACUGACAGUCUUAUAAUUCAUAAUUUGAUGUACCAUUUUGUCAUUAUGUACAUUUGAUUUGAAAAAAUGAACUAAUUUUGACUUAACCUUGACCUCUCUGGUUUUUCCCUUGGCAGUACCGGGCUUCCACAGAUUCUGGUGCACAGGAAGUUCAUUAAGGAAGUUGAUUUUGUUUACGCAGAAAUGAUCUCAGGGGAAUAUCAAACAUGUUCCACCUGCUUUGGUAAGAAAACACCUUUGAGACUCAAUUUCAGGGUACAGUAAAUUGCUUCAUAAAUUGGAUAUACUUUUAUGGUUUAAACAAACAAAAAACAAGCUGGAAAAAAUAGCCUGAGGUUGAGGUUGGAAAUGAGGUCCUGAGGUCCUUGAGGUGGUUGUAGAGGUCCUUUGAGGACUUCCAGAGACCCAUACUGGGAUGUCUGGGGUCAUUGAGGGGUGCCUGGGGUUCCUUGAUGAUGUCCUUGAGGAGGUUUCUAAGGUUGCAGAGGCUCCUGAAGAGGUUUCUGAUGACGUUAAAGAGGUCGUGGAGAUCUUUGAGGGGGUCCUGUUCUUGACGAGGUUAGAGAGGUGUAUUAGUCCUCCUAGGAGGGUGCAGAGGUUUCCACCUCAUUGAGUUGACGAUACCAGGAACUGACUCAUCAGUGCUGUUGCCAUGGUUGCUGAGUUUAGUAUACAACAAGGUCUGAUUUAGAGCAGUGUUUUAAACUGUGCUAUGUUUGAAAUGUCCAGAUUUCAUAAGAUUUUUAUAUCUGCCAGCUAAUCAGCAGGACGUUCUGUUGCUGUGGUAUAAUGAAAAUAUUCCACACAGUUUGUCACUUCUGAGAGUGCAUUAUUGUUCCAUAACUGCACAUUUUGUUUUUCAGUUACAAGUUACAUGUGCGAAUACGCCUCAGAUUUUUAUGGUGAAAAAAUUGGACCUUUGAUAUGUCGGUACAAAUCAAACAAAAUAUAAAGUAAACGUGUUGUUGUUUAUGCAGUGUUGAUGAAUAUUUCCACACAUUUUCAACCCUGAAGCAAAUGAUCCCUUUCUUAUUUUGUACCGUACUGUCAGCACGUCUGUAUCAUGUUACAGUUUGUAAAUUGCACCUGUCAGAUAGAAAAACAUGUAACUGCAAGGGAAGAAAAUAAAUAUGAAAAUAUGAAAACAUGACAUCAUUAUGGAGGUAUGAUAAAAAACAACAACAGUUUUGGUUGCAGUUAUGUGUUUUCAGUUUAACAAAUGAGAGACUUUCAAUAAUACUGUUUAUGAUCGUUAAGCAAAUAUUUAUUUUUUUGAACUUGAACGAGGCUUUUGACGUCUCUGAUGAUUCUAUUUUUGUACAAAUGUAUAAAAAUUGUUGUUAUUAAUAUUCUGAAAUGAUGUGUGUGUAUGAGCUGUUUGAUUUAUGUCUAUUUAUUAUGAAUAUCUUUUGUUAUACAGAUAUGUGUUUAUUUCCUUCACACUGUUCUGCUGUGUUGAGAUGUUUGUGUCAAUAUAUCAGUGAUGAAAUAUUCA